GAAGAUGCCGCUGCAGCUGCUGAGGGUGUCGGUCCAUGAGCGGAUCAGCGCCGCUGCUGCAGACUUUCUGCUGCUGCUGGAAAAAGGCAGAGAAGCGGCUGAGAUCCCGGAGCUGAGAGCGCUGCUCACCGAGCGGCUGACGGCGGCCGCGGAGGAGAUUGUCGGCCUGUUGGAGAAAACCGUGGCGGAGUACGAAGACAAAGCUGAGCGGGCAGAGCAAGAGAUGUGCCGCCAGAGGAAGCUGCUCAACAUCCUGCUGAAGCCCCAAGUCAGGCUGCACAGAGCAGUGAUGCCUCAGCAGCUGCUGGUGUGUAAAGAGGAGGCUCCCCCUGAGCAGCAGGAGCAGACCCCCAGCCUGGACCAGGAGGAGCCAGAGCCCCCGCCCAUUAAAGAGGAACAGGAGGAGCUGUGGACCAAUCAGGAGGCAGAUCUCACCACGUUCCCCUUCACUGCUGUGAAGAGUGAGGAUGACGAAGAGGAAGCUCCGCCCUCACAGCUUCAUCACAGCAGCUCCACUGAACAGAUGGAAGCAGCCAGGAGGUCAGAUCCAGCUGCUGGUGUGGAGACGUCCGACUCCUCUGAACCUGAGACUGAAGACAGUGAGGACGACUGGAGAGCGAGCAGAGAGCCUCAGGCGGCUCCAGAGUCCCAGGACAGACUCCUCAGUGAGGACACAGCUGACACCCCCCACAGAGUCCACUCAGAGAGCAGACAGGUGACCUGCUCACUUUGUGGCAGGUGUUUCAGCGGGAGCUCUCGGCUGGACAGACACAUGAGGAUCCACACGGGGGACAGACCCUUCAGCUGCUCUGUGUGCAGCAAACGCUUCAACCAGCAGGAGCACCUGAGCCGACACAUGGUGACGCACAGCGGGGAGAAGCCGCACGGCUGCAGCGAGUGUGGAAAAGGAUUCACACAGGUGAACGAUCUGAAGGUCCACAUGAGACGUCACACCGGAGAGAAACCCUACAGCUGCAGCGCCUGUGGGACGAGCUUUCACCGCCGGGACUGGCUCAGGAGACACCGGUGUGGCGGCGAGCCGACAGAGGGGAAACCUCACGGCUGCGGCGCGAGCGGCGGGACGGACGCAGCCGUCCACGGCGGGGAGAAAGCGUUCAGCUGCAGCGUGUGCUGGAAGAGAUUCUGCAGCAAGAGAGACACGCUGAGACACAUGAGGACGCACACGGGGGACAAACCCUUCAGCUGCUGCGUCUGCAGCAACACUUUCAGACAGAAGUCACACUUGUCCUUACACAUGAGGACGCACACCGGGGAGAAACCCUACAGCUGCAGCGCCUGUGGGCGGAGCUUCAACCGGCAGGGACACCUCAGAGGACACAAGUGUGCCGGCAAGAGACGGACCGGAGAAACGCCAUGACGUCCAGCGGUUUAGCGGCCUGCCGGUGUGUGUGUGUGUGUGUGUGUGUGUGUGUGUGUGUUUUCACAUUCAUAACAGCUUUUCUGAAUUUGGUUUGUAUUGAAUAAGUCUGAUUGAAUGAUUGUGAUGCUACAUAUCAAAAACACAUUUAAAUUGUCUGAGCUGCAAUAAUCUUUAUUGUUCACAUUUAAUAUUUCCACUGAGGGUAAAUGUGCUUUUUGUGAAAACUUUUCUAAAGAAAUGAAUUUGACUUGUCCCUCAGAGGCUUCCAGAGCACCAGCCUCCACGUCACUUUGUGCCUUGAAACUUUAACACACAUCUGAUCCUGAUUAGCCCUGAAUUAUCAAUUAGUUUUACUCUUAUUUCAUAAAUAAAUGAAUACAGAAAUCUUGGUUAAUUUUCUGGUAAUAUUUUUUUUUUUUUUUUUUUUUAACUGAUAAAUUUUUUGUGCUGAUUUCCUCACAGCCUUUUCUCCAUGUUUUUGAGAGCUCGGGUUUCACAGGUUUAAUAUUUUGUGCAGCAGAAGGCAGCAGCUGUAGGGAGGAGAAACAUUACUGAGCCGGAGGAGUGGGGGUAAUAUUCCACAAAAAAAAAAAACUCAGAUAUUCUCUAAGAUUAAACUCACAAAGUUAUGAGAAAACCUCAGAUAUUCUGAGAAUAAAGUCAUGAAUUUCUAAGAAAAAAACUCAUAUUGUCUGAAACUAAAUUCACAAAUUCAUAAGAAAAAAAAAA